UUCUUCAGAGUUUUCGCUCUCAACACCCUUUGAUUAAAAUGGAUAGGAGAGAAAAUAAUGAAAAUCAGAGUCAUCCUCUUCUUACAUCUUCUCCUGAUCAAGAACAUGCAGAAUCUACAAAUCUAGAUAAUGAAGAAAGCAUGUCAAGAAGUCAGGAUCAUGCAGAAGAUGGGGUGUUAGUAAUCUCUCAAGGGAAUGGGGAUGUAGGUUCCCCGAGAAGGUCGACACCAGGUCCUGUUGAACCGAAUUCUUCAAGACCUAACGUAAAUGUCGAAGAUGGAGUGGGUCAAUCGGCUACCGCGAUACCAGAAGGUGAUGUUGCAGUCGGUUUGCCUAGGUGUUUUGUCCAAGGGGAAUCAAGUGCACCAAUACCAAGAAAUGUUGCCGACAUUGAUCCAUCAAGUUUGGUUUUUCACCCCGGUCUUUCUACAAAAUCGGGUAAAAAGACCAGAAAGAAUAAGAAAGUUCAAGGCAUCAGAAUUGGUAUGAAGGAGGGUCAGCCAAGUAACCCAUUUCUAGACCUGAAUCGCUUUCCAUCUUGUUAUGAAUGUAAAAAGGAAUUCUUUUCAUGGAAAGCUGUACAUGGGCACAUGCGGACGCAUCCAGAGCGUGAAUGGCGUGGUACUGUUCCACCACCCAAUGUUGCACGACCAUCAUUUCCAGUAGCAGCAGAUGAAAACAGGGAAUCACCAGCACCGGCAACUAAUCAAGAGGUGGAAGUUGCAACAGGUUUACUGUUGUUAUCGUUCACUAAUAGCCGUGGUGUGCUGGUAUCUUCUGCAAACAAUUCACAAGACCAAGAGCCUCAGAGGUCAAGACAAGUGACUGAGAACUCGGCAUCGAGUUCUAAUGCGCGAUAUGAGUGUUCUGUUUACAAGAAGGUGUUCCUCACUCACCAAGGGCUGGGUGGUCAUCGUGCCAGUCACAAAAAUGUGAAGGGUUGUCAUGCUAUGGACAACACUGCUGCAGAACAUCAUUCUGCAGAAAGAAAUGGCGGUGAGACAUCGGGUACUGGAAAUAUCUUUGGGUGCCACAUCUGUUUGAGGCGUUUCGCGAGUGGGCAAGCACUGGGUGGCCAUAUGAGGCGGCAUCCACAGAGAAGGGAAGAAGCGUCGUCAUCAGCGCAGGACCCAAACGUCGAUCCUACGUCUUUAGCACGCAUUGGCUUGGUAGUGGAUUUAAAUCUUCCCCUUCCUCCUAAUAUCCCCCCUCCUCCUUAUUUGCGUAUAGAGAACGACGAAGGUUCAUCAGCAUCAUCUUCAUCAUCAUCAUCAUCACCAUCACCCGAUACCAGUUUGGACCUGCACUUGUGAGUUUGACGAUUAUUAUAUGUUUAAUUUAAGGGUGUGUAUCUGUAUCUGUGAUACUAUAUAUCUAUCUAUCAUCUUCCAUUCCAUCAAUUUGUAAUAACUUUUGACUGUUUGUUACUGUUGGCGUGUGUAUGUUUUAAUAAAUGGGAGGUAUGCAACAAUGUAAUGAAAUUGUGGGAAACCAUAUUCGCUAUAAUAUAUUGUUAUUUAUUUCUUAUUAUU